CCAACUGAAGGGAUUCAUUCCGCAGGAGAAAAACACACAAACGAACUUUAGGCCAACAUGAUGAUGCUGAAAGUGGAAGAGCUGGUCACAGGGAAGAAGAAUGGCGGUGGGGACACUGGGGAGUUCCUCCCUGAGGAUUUCACAGAUGGAGAGUAUGAAGCUGCUGUUACUUUGGAGAAGCACGAGGACCUGAGAACACUUCCGGCCCACUCAGUGAGCCUUGCGGAGCAGCAGUGGAAAAUUGAGAAACAGAGAGAGGCAGAGCUCAAGAAGAAAAAACUAGAACAAAGAUCAAAGCUUGAAAAUUUAGAAGACCUUGAAGUUAUCAUUCAACUGAAGAAAAAGAAAAAAUACAGGAAAACUAAAGUUCCGGUUGUGAAGGAACCUGAACCUGAAAUCAUCACAGAACCUGUGGAUGUGCCUCGGUUUCUGAAGGCUGCCCUGGAGAAUAAACUGCCAGUAGUAGAAAAAUUCUUGUCAGACAAGAACAAUCCAGAUGCCUGUGAUGAGUAUAAACGGACAGCUCUGCAUAGAGCAUGCUUGGAAGGACACCUGGCAAUUGUGGAGAAGUUAUUGGAAGCUGGAGCACAGAUCGAAUUCCGUGAUAUGCUUGAAUCUACAGCCAUCCACUGGGCAAGCCGUGGAGGAAACGUGGAUGUCUUAAAAUUGUUGCUGAAUAAAGGAGCAAAAAUCAGUGCCCGGGAUAAGUUGCUCAGCACGCUGCACGUGGCGGUGAGGACGGGCCACUAUGAGUGCGCGGAGCAUCUCAUUCCCUGCGAGGCGGACCUCAACGCCAAAGACCGAGAAGGAGAUACCCCGCUGCACGACGCCGCUGGGAAGACCCCGAUGGACCUGGUGUUACACUGGCAGAACGGAACCAAAGCGAUAUUUGACAGCCUCAAAGAGAACUCCUACAAGACCUCUCGCAUAGCUGCGUUCUAGGAGACACGACCGACCGACCGACCGACCACGGGCUUUCUUCAGCUGCUCCUCACCGGUGGUCUUUGGAAGGCCGGGCCCCAGAGAAGAGCAACUUAGUUACAAAACCCUGCUUCUCCUCAUCAACCUAUGGUCAGGCUGCACCUUGUAAAGUUUCAAGAAAGCACUGGGACAUAGGCAUUGAAAUUUCCCUUAGGGCGACCCACUCUAUUUAUUUGUAUCUAUUCCUGUGCAUUUACUUAUUUAUUCUUAAAUGAACUCCACUAUCACUGAUACUCAGAUUCUUUAUGCUCAUCCGUUUGGUGGGCAGAGCUUGAUUCGUACACAACGCUCCAGAGCCUUCCCGUAGAUAGUCCGUAACCCAUGCCAAUGAGCAGUGCUCAGUGGCUGCCUAUGUGUCACCUCACUCACGUAGGAUAUUUCAAGGUGUUUCUAAGAGACAAAGGUGAUUAUUGCCGCCCUCUUUUCUCCUGAAUUUUUACUGCUGAAGUCUGAGGCAAUGGAAAAGCAUACAGUGACGGAAACAGUAGCAUGGAAGAGAAGGACAGGAAAGCCAGCCGUUUUCCGGCUGGGCCUGGUAUUCCUUACCAAGUCACGCACUGUGCUAAGGUGAAGCGGAUGUUGCGAGUGUGAGCGGAGUGCAGUGGAAGGAGUGGGCAACGGGGCCAUGCAGAAUGGGAUUUGCUCAAAAAGAUGAAAGUAACGGCAAAUUGUAAAUGUGUAAAUGUAUCUUAUGUCGUAUGUAUAUUUUAUAUUCAUAAUAAAAGCAAACACAUUCUAAACCUC